AUGACCACGAGGCCUUAGUUCUAAUCCUCAUAGAAAAGAAUGUACCAGGCGCUGACAGAGGAAAGAACUCUGAGCACACACACACACACACACACACACACACACACCGAGGUGGCUUUUUACAUGAACACACACACAGGGGCAUUUAGUCUGUGUCAUUAAGGCUAGGAAGGAUGAUGAUGAGGAUGCUGAUGAUGAAGGUGCUGGUGUGCUCCUGGUGCGCGCUCGGCGGUGUCCGGGCGCAGUUUCCGCGCGCGUGCAGCUCGGUGGAGGCGAUCGAGUCGAAGCGCUGCUGCCCGUCGCCGAACACCGACCCCGGGGACGCGUGCGGCGCGCGCUCGGGCCGUGUCUGCAGCGCCGUGCGCACGGACACGCGCCCUUGGGGGGGAACGUACACGCUGCGCAACGUGGACGACCGCGAGCGCUGGCCGACCAAAUUCUACACAGAGACGUGCACGUGCUUCGGAAACUUUGCGGGUUAUGACUGUGGUGAGUGUAAGUUCGGCUGGACAGGUCCCACCUGUAAUCUCCGCAAGGCUCCUGUGACCCGCAAGAACAUCAUGUCUCUGAGUGUGGAGGAGAGGCAGGUGUUCCUGGAGGCGCUGCAGCUUUCCAAACGCACCAUCCAUCCACAGUACGUCAUCGCCACCGAGCACUGGCUCGGCCUCAUCGACCACCAAACCAACCAGACUCGCUUCAGCAACAUCACUGUGUACGACCUGUUCGUCUGGCAGCACUACUACUCUGUGAGGGACACGCUGCUCGGUCCUGGGCGGCCAUUCAAAGGCAUUGAUUUCUCCCAUAAAGGCCCUGCCUUCAUCACCUGGCACAGGUACCACCUACUGAGUCUGGAAAGAGACCUUCAGAAACUGAUCGGUGAUGAAAAUUUCGCGAUCCCAUACUGGAACUUUGCGACGGGAAGCUCGGAGUGUGAAGUGUGCACUGAUGACCUUCUGGGUGGAGAAGACCCCAGUGACCCCUCACUCAUCAGUCCCAGAUCAGCGUUUAGUGAUUGGGGCAUUGUGUGUGACAGCUUAGACGAGUAUAACCGCUUGGUGACGCUGUGUAAUGGGACGAGAGAGGGACCUUUACGCCGUGGCCGGAGGGAAAGACAUAAUUUUACUUUACCGACGAUGGACGAUGUGCACAGAUGCCUGCAGUUACGAGACUUCGACAGUCCGCCGUAUUUCACCAAUUCCACCUUCAGUUUCAGAAACGCCCUGGAGGGAUUUGAUAAAGCAGACGGGGAACUGGACAACGCUGUUACGGGGUUACACAACCUCGUCCACGACUUCCUGAGUGGCACCAACGCGCUCCCUCACUCCGCUGCCAACGACCCCGUCUUCGUGGUCUUACACGCCUUCACGGAUGCUAUUUUUGAAGAAUGGAUGCGCCGUUUUCUGAAAAACGACAGUUUUCCUGAAGAAAUGGCUCCCAUCGGACACAACCGCCAUUUUAACAUGGUUCCCUUCUUUCCUCCGGUCACAAAUGAAGAACUCUACAUUCCCUCCAUCCAGCUGGGCUACUCGUAUGAACUCGACCUCACAGACCCAGUACAGUCCCAGGCCGUAUUCCUCAUCGCCGGCUCAUGCCUUGCUCUUCUCGUCCUCAUCGCCCUCGCGGUUCUGUUUGCUCGUCAGACACGUAGACGCGAGUACGAGCCGCUCGUCAGCGCCGGAUAUCCUACUGUGAAAUACACAGAGGAGGCGUGAUCUAAAAAACAUAUUACACAACUAGUGCAAUUCUUAUUUUUCAAGGCAUUGAUGAAGUAAAUUAAGAGUAAUAAAUGAACAAUUAAAAUCAUGCUAAUCUCAUGCUAAUCUCAUGAUGGCAUCAUGCUAAUCUCACGCUAAUCUCACGAUGGCAUUUUGCUAAUCUCACACUAAUCUCACGAUGGCAUCAUGCUUAUCUCACACUAAUCUCAUGAUAGCAUCAUGCUAAUCUCUUCAGCCACUUGUUAAAAGUAGACUUUUUGGGUGUGAGUAUGAAUCAGUCUGAUGUUGGAUGUAGAAUUUCACCCUGAUUUAUUUCCUGUCUUCACAUUUGUUUUUAUGUUUUAGCAAACAAACAAUAUGCCAUUUUGGUUCCUUCAUCGGUUUGAUAGUUACAAAUGCAGUCUCAGGAGUUUUCUCUUGUUUUUUUACAAACGAUAUCUACAAUUAAACACGUCCUACUGUGAUGAACAGCAGCCGGAUUUGGUCUGACUGGAUUCUGUGAAUUGCAGCCUUAUUAAAAACGCUCUGUCGAUUAAAGUCA